CUAAGAGUCGCGAGCAGGAGAGUGCGAAGGGUUUAAUUGCUGACUGCAUCCAUGACUUUACCAAUAAGUUCCUGUCCGAUUGUGUUUUGGGUGCCGUUGAUGUUUUCCAUAUUGAGCAGAGUAAUCUGGCCGAGGAGGAAGAGGCCAAACGCAGGGCCGAGGAGGAAGAGGCCAAGCGCAGGGCCGAGGAGGAAGCGGCCAGACGCAGGGUCGAGGAGGAAGAGACCAAACGCAGAGCAGAGGAGAUGAAGUUACUGAACCCGGUUGAGGAUGUUAGGGAUGAAGUGUGUGGGGUGAUGUCGAAUGAUGAUUUUGUUGCGGACAAUGGUGGUCCGCAAAGUGUUUCCACAGUAAGCAGUUUGGAGGUGAAUUCCCUUUUGACCAUAAGGGAGGAUGAUUUGUCUUCUUUGAGAAAGCGUAUUUUAUGUUUUUGUGAGUUAUUGCUUCUUGAGUGGCUUGCUGAAUCUGCAUUUGGGAGUAGCAGUGAUGGCGGUGGCCUUACUUCCACCGAUGAUUUUAUUGAUGUUAAGAGCCCCGGUGGAGGUGAGGUUGAGGGUCAUGGGAGUGAUGGAGGUGCGUGUUUGGGCGAAGUGGUCAAGGAUGUUUCCCAGUUAUCUAUAGUGGGGUCGGGGGUUACUGCUGCUGCGGAGAGCUUGCUGCGUGGUGAGGCUGUAGAAACAACGGUGGGGGUGUUUUGUCCUGUGCUGGUUGACGCAAAACCGGUGGGGGCGAAGGGUGGUAUUCAAAGCGCUGUCUCCGUUGCCGCUGUGGAUGCGGAUUCCACCCGUACACAGCCGCCCCUUGGCGACGCGGCCGGCAUGUUGUUGCAUCCCACCCUUGCGGGUGAGGCUCGGCCUUGCUCCGCGCCUGGCGCCAGGAGUGGUGGAGACAGCAAUGCCGCUAUGACGGAGGCUGCCACGAUGUACUUGGUGGAGCGGGCUGGUGCAGUUGUCGAGGAGCUGUGUGACGCUGGGGAUUUAUCAUACCCCACGCUAGAGGCAGUACUUCGGCGUGGCCUGCUUGAGGCCGUCUCCGCCCCCGUGUCUCGCCCGGGUGAAGUGACUGAAGAGUGGCGCGCUGGGCUGUGGGCGCUGGCUGAGCGCACUGCCGCCGAUUUUGUCGUCUUUGCGUCGAAACAAAAACUACGGCGCGUGGAUGAGUAUAUGUGGCACGCAGAGGCAUACCUCACGCCGGAGGAGAUCUCGGCCCGCUCCGUCGCCGCCGUCACCCCGCGGCGCUUUUUUGCGGGCCUGCAUCCGAGCGAUUUACGCUUCCUGGUGCAUCACUAUGUGGAACUCGCUCGCAAGGGCACGCUCAACGAGGACGUGUACAAGGAGGCGAGGCUGUGUGGGAAUCUUUUUGAGCGGCGUGACGACGAUGUCGCGUCAACGGUGCCGCCGCGGCACCCUAGUGGCAUCAGUGCAAUCAAAAGCAGUAGCAGUGGUCAAAAUGUUAUUGCUGUUAACCAACGCCGUGCGGGACUAACGCAGUUGGUGCUCGGGCAUGCUCUGGAUAACUUGCUGGAGGACACGGUCGCAGACACCGCGAGGUGGGUUGCGUCCCUUGUGGCAAGGUAG